CUGUGUAACAGGCACGUGGUACUGAAUUGUCAUAUAUCCUGGUGAAAUAUUAAUAUUUUGUAAAAUUAAGAUUAAUUCAGUUUGUUAUGCAAAAUACAAUAGAAUUGCACAAAAAAUGCAAUAAAUAGAUUUAUCUGCUUUAAUUGAGCAUUUGCUUUGUUUGCCCAGUAAAAUGACGCAGCGGAUAAGAACAUGACAAUCUGGUAUGGUGCAACCCGAUUUGCGAUGCCCAUCCAACCACAGCUUCAUCAACGGCAAUCGGCAACAAAGCAGCAAUUCCUACUAAUCGUCUACCAUCGACGCUCUGCAACAAUCCUUACACGUGCGUGCGUGAAACAUUUCGUGAGUUUACAACAAAAAGAACUUGCUCAAAGCUAAAAUGGAGGAAUCAGGUGAUAUCGCUGUUCCGGAUGGUUCACAGAGCAACAGCUCUCACUCCCCGGCACCAGCAGUGUUGGAGGAACCAAUAGUGCCGACCGAGCUGACAAAGCAACCGGAAGAGCCGCUAGCGCGAUGCAACCCAAACAUCGACGAACGAUUUUUCGCGUACCGGGUCCCAAAAACGCCUGAUAUUUGCAGCGAGUUCAGCGAAGCCACACUGGAAGAUAACAGCAGUUGCUGCACAUCGGUAGCCGGCAGCAGUGUAUCCACACUGUACCGCUUCAAAGGUAAAGAGCGCCGGCAGCUGAAUAAGAUCCGGAAAGCGCGCCAGCUCAAACGGUACCGCAAAUGGCUAAUGCCGAAAAACGCGAUCGCAGCGCUGAACGAGAUGAAGGAUGUACGCAUAACCGAGCUGACCGUGAACACCGUCGGCCACCAAACGAAGGUGUCACUGCUGAUCAACAACGUCCGAUACGAGGAAACAGCCAGGAACAAGCAGGUAGCGCAGCACCAGCUGUACGAGCGAGCGCUGCGCGAUCUCAUCAUUGCCCGGCUGGCAAAUUCGGCGUCGCAGGAUGUGCCAAACAACGGUGCGGAAGAUCUGCCGAUGGAGCAUCUGGCGUCGUUCGCCAUCCAUAAGCUUCUGGCCCAGUGGGAGAGGGAUGGAUACGAGCUGCCGAUUUUUGCCACGUCUUCCGGCACGAAGCAUCACCAACCGUCACCCCGGAAACCGACCGGGCAAGCGAACGCUGUGCUGCCAUCGAACGCAUCCAGCUACCAUCCGUCGAUGCUGGUCGUCUACAUGCGCCCCCAAACGUCGUUCGACGAUCUGGGCUGGAACGGUGAUCUGCUGAAUCCGGAGUUUACCGCCGGCCUGGUGUUGGACGGUCACUACUUUAUCGGCAAGGGCCGCUCGAAGAAGCUGGCACGAAAGGCGGCAGCUAUCAACGCGUGUAACGUCCUGUUCGGGGUAGUGUUCGACGGGAGUGUGCAACACUUGUGUGACCAGUUCAGUGAGUCGGAGCUUAGUACGGAUUCUGUUUAGAGGAUCUUAAAUCCUUUUUUUUUCUUAGUUUUCCACAACCUAUCGGAUGCCGAUAGAACUAUCUCUUUUUAUGAUUUGAAAAACAAAUUCAGAAAAGAUCCUAUUACAAGUAGCUGUGUAACGUGUCGCCACACAGUUCAUCAACUCCGAUUAUAACACACAGCUGAGAGACAUCCUUCAUUCUAAUUCCCACUAAAAACGCUUUGUUUAAUUCACUUGCAAACUUAACUCGUAAUAUCAGCACAUAUUUACUGCUUGAAAAAUGGAUAACGAUGAAUAGUUAAAACAAAAUAAUACUUGAUUAAAACUAAACAUUUGUUAAGUUACAUGAAAUCAAUAGGCCCUACCGCUCUAAGGGUAGGGUUUUGAGUAGCUGGAUCAUACUCCCUUGAACACCGACACCCGACCGUUCAGGCAACGGGUUUCAGGCAUCUUAAUUACAUGACACAUGUACUGAAAUCAA